GCGCGGAACUGCGAUUGCGAUUGCGAUUGCGGAUUCACCAUCUCGUCGUCUUGCAACCAACACCUUCGCGCGCGCAUCAUCAUGUCGUCGGGCAACGCAAACGCUAACGAUGAAGCGCUACGCAAGAUGCUUGAGCAGAUACAGGUGACACUAGCCCAAAACUCACGCCAGCUGUCACUCGUACGAGCUCAGCGAACGGCAAAGGAGCGCGAACGCAGGGGAGUCGAGUUGACGAGGCAGGCCGUUGAGGCAGAGGGAUCCGAUGCAAAGGUGUGGAGAGGGGUGGGCAAGAUGUUUUGCUCCUCAACACCAACCGCCGUCGUAGCCAACCUCACAUCGCAGGAGAAGGCAGUCACAGAGGAGGUCGAUGUGCUGGGAAAGAAGCAAAAGUUCCUCGAAAAGCAAAUCGCAGAUACGCAGGGACAUUUGAGAGACUUCUUGCGAGGAGUAGAAGGUCAACAAAGCAAGGAGAGGGCAUCAGCGGCAGCGGCAUGACAGUCACUGCUCAUCAACAAAUGUCAUUACAUGUCGGGCUGGCAUUG